ACUACGGCACUGCACUGUAGUACCUCUACAUAUCUAUCCAACUUUAGCAUCGCUGUUGGCGGUACUUGCCUCCCGUCUUAAAGGUCGCCGAGGAGUCCCGAUCAUGUCCCAAUCACUUCGGCCAUACCUCCAAUGCGUCCGGUCUUCGCUGACUGCUGCCCUAUCUCUAUCCAACUUCGCCUCACAAACUAGCGAGAGACACAAUGUCCCCGAGAUCGAAGCGAAAUCCUCCCCCGAAGUGCUCCUCAACCCCCUCACGGUGUCACGGAACGAGAAUGAGCGGGUGUUCAUCGAACCCAGCAUAAACAGCGUUCGGAUCAGCAUCAAAAUCAAGCAAGCCGACGAGAUUGAGAACAUAUUGGUCCAUAAGUUCACGCGGUUCUUGACCCAGAGAGCGGAGGCCUUCUUUAUCCUGAGAAGGAAACCCAUCAAGGGAUAUGAUAUCUCGUUCUUAAUCACAAACUUCCACACGGAAGACAUGCUUAAACACAAACUGGUCGACUUCAUAAUACAAUUCAUGGAGGAGGUCGAUAAGGAGAUUUCGGAGAUGAAGCUCUUUUUGAACGCGAGGGCUCGUUUUGUAGCAGAGUCAUUCCUAACUCCCUUCGAUUGAACAGGGGGCACUAUCCCUUUGUUAAGGAGCAAACGCUGCAAUUUCUCAAUGAGUGGGAACCAACCAUCGCCAUCAUACCAUCACCAUGGUCCAAUCGGUGUCGUUGAGAUCUCUUCACCGUCAUUCAGCAGGCAUUACAU